AGCGAGUGUAAUUACAGUAUACAGACAGAACUUAAAUUAUACUCUGACCAGAAUCUUAGUAUUUUUAUUGUUUAAACUUACAUUAUCUUGUGUUAAGACAAUCUUAAAGAUCCCAACAUUACCAACUCAGUGUAUAUAUUUUUAAAUAUUUUAUUUGUGGCCUAUACUUUAUCAUAUCGUUAUCGUUUUCUUCUAUGGACUAUAGGCCAGAAAUAAAGUAAUUGGAUUGUUUGACUGGUACCACUGUCCAAUGGUCAUGUGUUGUCAGCUAGAUUAAACAUUCACCACAGUUGCCCCUACUGUGCACCCAGUUACCCAGUAGGGGCCCCAUUUGUUAUACUUGGUUAACAUCAUGUACAUUUUAUGGAAAUUCCUCCUUUGUUAAUUGUCUCUGCUCUUAGCUUAUUUCCGCCUUCUUCUUUUUUUUAAAUUGUUUUUAGUAUGAUUUUAUCUGUGGCCUUAUUUUAUAUUUGUUAUUUUUUACUUAUUAAACUAGUUAUUGUUACCUCUCUACAAGAGAAGUAAUAAUGCAAGACUCACUUUAAGGCCUCAGUUGAUGAUAUUUCAGUUUAUAUUGUGCUUUAGUGGUGCACACCCCCAAACAAACAAAAGUAACUUUCUUGGUAUGGACAUUGCAAUUUUAAUUUAAUGCUUUAAAUCUCAUAGAGCGAGAUAAAAAAUACUGGUUGAAUUAAUGCGAAUGCAAUUUUAUUCAUUUUUAUUCAUGUUAAAUUAAUACAGAGACAGUGCUAUUUUAGUUUUAUAGUAACCUUUUGGGUUUUUUUUCUGAAUCGUUCCGGGUACAAUUUGGACAUUUCCGCUUGUUUAUAGUGAGUACAUGGAGAUUUUAUUAGGCUACUUGUGAGUGAGGUUUCCUCUGCGUCUGUCCGGUGUGCGCAUGCGCCAGUUGUACAGCGUGUUGUAGGUCUCUAUGACGACGGAUCUGUUAAACCUUUUUAGGGCUGUAGAGCGACUAGAAGCAGAUUAUGUGCACAGGUGUUGCUCCGCAGACUGACAGGCACUAUGUUGGCCAGUUAGAUGGAGUGAUAUUCACGAAACAACCCGGCUGGAUGUGUUCUUUGACCGCUUUUAACUCAACAGGAAUACUACGCAAGAACCUGCUGGUGUGAAGAUUAUGAGUGAGGUGGUUUGCACAAAAUCCCAGGAGGAAUAUGAGGACGACUUUGAGAAAGAUCUGGACUGGCUGAUCAGUGAGGAAGGCCGGAGUGAGGACCAGGGUCCUGACUUUGAGGACAUAGAAGCAGAAAUUGACAAAGAACUGGAGAAGGAUGAGAAACAGCAAAGAACGAAAAGAAAGCCAAAAAGCCACAAGGAGGAGAAGAGAGGCAGCAAAACAGAGGAGUUGCAAGAAGAUGAAGAGAGGUGGCCCUCGCCUAUGGAGCCAUUAGAGUAUGACUCAGACAGAGACAGCCCAAGUAAGUCAUCACCUAUAGUCCCACCUCCUCCAGGGAUGGAUGACCAGACAGAUGAGGAGAAGAAGUACAUUAUGGAAAAGAUCCAGCAGGCUAACCGGGAGCUGCGGGACCAGGAAGCUCCAGAUAUGACAAGGCGCAGGCGGCUGCAUUUUAAAGAGAAGCUAGUGGAUCUAGUGGUGCCUCCAUUGCAGUUUGAGAAAGAUGGCAGCAGUGGUGAGGUGGAAGGGGGAAAGGGCAGCAAGGAUAGAGCCAAGGAUUCCGAGGCAGAGACUGAAGUGUCAGGGAAGCUUUCUGAGCUAAAACUUUCGUCUCGGGAGGAAAGUGUAGGAUCUGGAGGAUCUGGCAGGGCUGGGGAGAGCAGUGAGGGGGGGCAGGGGGAAAAGGAGGGCAGAGUCCUUGUAGAAAAGGAUGGUAAGUUUGACCUGGUCAGCCUGAAAGAGGUGGAGAGUCAAGGCCUUCUGCCUCCUAUAGCAAACAACUCCAGUGACUACUCACGCUCCUCCCCACGUCCCCAAGACCAGGUUGUGAGCUCCAAUAAGAUCCACAGGUCCUCCUCCUCUCCUCGUGCCGGCUCUUCCCCCUUCCAGCAAGGCGUUGAUCACCUCCGUGCCCCCAGACCUCCAGCUCAGCCCAAGAGCAGGCCCAGCUCAGCUAGCCACAGCCAGAAAGGCAGCCAAAGGAAUGGCAGCAAGCGACGGGUGCAGUCGGCCACUGGGACACCCUGCCAGGCCACCUACACCCUCUCCCCCCAGCAGAAAGAGCUGCUGCAGAAGAUCCAGGAGAGGAAGGAGAAGCUGGCCAGAGAGGCAGAGGAGAGGAAACGUGAGGAAGAAGAGCAGAAGAGGCAGGAGAAUGAGCUGGCAUUUAAGGCCUGGAUGAUAAGGAAGAGAGAGCAGUUUCAGGAGGAGAGAAGGAUCCACCGAGCCCAGGAGAUGGAGAGGAUGAAUUCUAAGAGAGACUCCAGUGACCCAAAGGAGUCUUUUAGGCUGUGGCUUCAGAGGAAGCAGGAUCAGCAGCAGAAAGAGAGACAGCUGGUGGAGAUGAAGAGGCUCGAGGAGGACAGUGGUUACCUCUUACGCAGCCGUGAAGAGUGUGAACGUGCCUUUAAACUGUGGCUGAAGCGGAAACGGGCGGAGAAGCGAGCGGAGCAGCAGGCGGCUCGAGAGCGCUCCCGCAGGUUGGUGCUGGAGGAGCGACAUGCACGACGCAUGAGGGACCUGCUGUGCACUGUCAAUGAAACCAAGCCCUUCACUUUCACUGAACAGCUAGCCUACCGCUUCUGAACCAGACAAAUUCACCAUGGCUCUCACAUGGCCCUCUUCGAAAAACUAGAUUCUAUUUUGAUGCUACGAAUCUCAUCGUACAUUAAAAUUUAACCAGACUGGACAACACAAGACUUGGUGAAGAACAUAAGACAGUUUAUUCUGUGUUCAGUUGUUGUUAGGGUUUUGAUUUAUUAAUUCUAUUUCUAUGCUGUGUUAAAAACAAGUUUGCCGCAGUGACCUCUACUCAAUGACGCACUUUACUUUAAACGGAGCUCUUCAUAAAGACAAGAGCUGAACCAUUUGUUACUGUAUGCCUGUCAGAGAGUGUUUGGUUACAUACAAGGAUACGUUCAAUUUUACAACUAGUUACUUGAACAGAUGAAACUGUAAAGGAAUUAAAAGAGGAAAAUACUAUUGGUAAAUAUGCCUGGCUGUUUAAAAGGCAUUCUUAUUUGAUACAAAAGAAUGAAUUAUGUUUAAUUUCAUGCUAAACAUUAUGACAUGAAUAAAUAAACAAAAAUACACCAUUAAAUAUA